UAUGUCAAAAGCUUCAUAGCACAGACCAAAUCAAAGCACAUCUUUUUCUCAGUUCAUUUUCCAAACCAAACACAGCCCCAUAAUCAUGGCCGGCAUCAAACUCCAUGGAAACGCUCUCUCAACGGCGGCAUCGCGAGUUUUGGCUGCCCUCUAUGAGAAAGAGGUUGAAUUCGAGCUUGUUCCGAUAGACAUGAUAGCUGGUGAACAUAAAAAGGAGUCCUUCCUUGCCCUUAAUCCAUUUGGUCAAGUUCCCGCUUUUGAAGACGGAGAUCUUCAGCUCUUUGAAUCAAGAGCAAUUACACAAUACAUUGCCCGUGAGUACGCUUCAAAGGGAACCCCGCUGAUAUUCCCAGACUCGAAGAAGAUGGCAAUUCUAUCAGUGUGGGCAGAGGUGGAGGCUCAUACGUUCGACCCACCAGCCUCAAAACUGAAAGAUGAGCUUGCUAUGAAGCCUUUCCUAGGCUUGGCCACAGACUUCGCAGUUGUGGAGGAAUUUGAAGCUAAGUUGGGUAAAAUUCUCGAUGUCUAUGAAACUCGUCUCGGCCAAUCGAAAUACUUGGGAGGUGAUUGCUUCAGCUUGGCAGAUCUUCACCACCUUCCAAUAAUACACUACUUGAUGAGAACACAAGCCAAGAAGCUGUUCGAGUGCCGCCCAAAUGUUAGUGCAUGGGUAGCUGAUAUCACAGCAAGGCCUGCUUGGAAAAAAGUCGUUGCCAUGAGAGCUUACUAAAGACUGCUGUAGAUCACUGUUGAACAGUCGCAUAUCUUCAAUGUUUACCUAUAUAUCUUGGCAUCGUAUGUUUGGCCUUUUCAUUUCCUCCAAUAAGUUGCACAAGACUCUGCUGUUUUUAUAACUCGUUGUUUUACGCCUUUGACCUUUUGUCUCUUGUCUUCAAUGCAAAAUUUGAUGCCUUCUGCA